AUGGCAACAACACCAUCUGAUGUAACUCCCAAGCGGGUCCCGCCGCCAUGCUGGACCCGAGAAGAGUCGCUUGCCCUAAUCAAAGCCUACCGUGACAAAUGGUACUCCGUCAACCGCGGCAACCUCCGCGCCGCCGACUGGGAAGUCGUUGCCACCGCCGUCCAGCCUAAAUCAUCCCUCCAGUGUCGCCACAAGAUUGAGAAGCUGCGGAAACGAUACCGUGCUGAAAAACAAAAGUGCCUUAAGUACCCAGGUCGGUUUUUCUCUUCUUGGGAUUUGUUCCCUUUGUUAGAUUCAAUGGAAAUUGGGUCUCUGGGGUCUAAAGUAGAGCAAGAAAUCGAAAAAGGGAAUGAUAUUGGAGAUGGGUUUCGCGUGAAAACGUUAGGAGAUAGGUAUUUGCUGACUGCUCAAAAGAAUGGGAAAAUUAAAGGGGAUUUGGAUCCAGAUGAGGAUUUCGGUUUGGAUCCAGAUUUUGCUUUUCGGGCUAGGAAAUAUAGCAGGGUUGAUGGGGGUUAUAAUGUUAAUGGUGAUUCUGGAAGUGGGUUUGGUGUUAAAUCUGUUGCUGAUGAGAAUUUGGUAUCUGUUGCAUUUAGACCCAAAGAUUAUACUGGAGUUAAUGGGAAGAUGAAGGCUGAUGUUGGUUUUAAUGGUGAUUAUGAAGGUGAAUUUGGUUACAAAAUGGAAAAAACACAAGGUGAUGCGAACUUUAUGCCCCAGGGAGUUAGAUUGGCGGAUUACGGAAUGAUUGCUGAUCAUCAUGGCUCGUAUGAUAGGGAUGUUGCUAAAGGAGUCCAUGGCUAUGGAGGGUUUCCGCUGAAGUCUUUAGGUGAUAGGAAUUUGGCGUUUCACAGGCCUAACCCGAAGAAUUAUAGUACAAAGAAUGAGAGGAAGCCCACUUCUGAUUUUUGUGAUGAUGAUGAUGAUCAUGUGGAGAUUGACUACGGAAGUGAGAAAAGAAAUGGGUUUGGCAAAAAAGUAAUUGAUGGCUGGAGUUCCUCACCUCCGGGGUUUAGACCAACAAGUUUUGGCAAUAUUGAUGGGAAUUCGAGGUCUGAUGGUCGUUCUAGGGGUUUGAAUGGUUCUGUGAAUGUUGAGAUGAAUAGCAUUGGUGACGGAGUUAAAAGAGAGACAGAUCCAGUUUCUUUGUUGGUGUCAGCAAUUGAGCAGGCUACAGAAAGUUUUGUGAAGGUGGAGAUGAUGAAGAUGGACAUGGUGAUGGAGAUUGAGAAAAUGAGGAUGGAAAUGGGUUUGAAGCAUAACCAGAUGAUACUUGAGUCGCAGCAACAGAUUGUGGAUACACUUGCGAAAGCAAUGCUGGAAAAGAAGAAACGGAAGAAAGUAGUGGAGGUGCUGUCACCUAAUUCAAGCAGAAAUGGAUAUUCUCUGGUUGCUGCAGUGGAUUUUGAAAGCAUUGGUAAAAGUAGCGUGGUAAAAGAAGGCGAAGCUUGCUUUACCUGA